ACAAAGCCAACUUCUUGAUCUCCUCUAUCUAUCACUUUCUUUCAGACAAACAAACACACACAAAAUCAUGGACCUUGCUGCCAGGCAAGCAGAGGAGGAGGAACGAACCAGUGGUUACAGUAGCAGAAAUAAUGGCCGGAGAGCAACAGUAAUUUGCGGAAGUUCGAUGCCUGCAGGAGAUUUGGAAGACCAAGACCUUCAGCAUGGGAGUGCUCGCUGCCUUACUUCAUAUUACAGUGUGUUUGUUGCUCGCCUCGCCAUCAUGGUAAUGCUUGCCAUCUUGAUCUGCAUGUUGACUAUGUUGACCUGGCAUGUCACACGGGUGUAUACAACAGAAUCCAUAAACAGUUUAGCAUAUGGACUUCGUUUUGAGCUGUUGCAACGCCCUGUUUUGCGAAUGUGGAACAUACUGAAUUCUACUGUUGAGAUAGCAAUGACACAGGUUCAACUUUCAGAAUAUGUGAUCGGUCGAUAUACGAAGCCAGUUACACAUACAUCUCAACCAGAGUUAUAUGAAGUCAUGAAGGAUAUAUCAUGGGCACUUUUCUCAAGUCGGAAUGCUCUAAAUGCAAUUACCAUUAGCUACAUAAAUGGAUUUGUACAGGCAUUUCACAGAGACAACAGAAACAACAACACAUUUUACAUCUACUCUGACAUUGCUAAGCCUGUAAGUGGAUCAGGACAAGGAACAUUAUCAUCACCGUAUAAUGACAAGAACAUGUCUUACAAUGGAAAUGUCUCUGCCACUUGGUUUAGAGUACCACUAGAUCCUCUUACAGGUGAAAGUAUAGGAAAUGGAAGAAAAAUACUACCAGAAGAUCUCAUCAAGAUUGCUGGCAUUUCGGAAUUACGUGAUGGAGCAGCUUCAUGGCAUGUCGCAGUGAGCAAGUUCACAGAUUCACCAUUGCUUUCAGCAGCAUUGCCUGUUCGGCAUCCAUCUGAUCAAAGCAUUAUGGCUGUUGUUGGGGUUACCACAGCUUUUCACAGUGUUGGCCAGCUGAUGAGAGAGCUGGUUGAAAUCCACAGUGGAUACAUGUAUUUGACUUCUCAAGAAGGCUUUCUACUUGCCACAUCAACAGAUGCUCCACUUUUAAGGAAUACAGAAGAUGGUCCAGAACUUAUGCUGGCUACCGACUCAGAAGACCAAAUGAUAAGAUCUGGUGCACAAUGGUUGGAGAAAACAUAUGGUGACAAGUUGUUGUUGCACAAUGAGGUGCACAUAGAAAAUGUCCAGCUGUCCCACCAAGAAUACUAUAUUGACACUUUUUUCCUGAAUCUUAAAAAGCUCCCACUGGUGGGUGUGAUCAUCAUCCCAAGGAGAUAUAUAAUGGGAAAGGUUGACCAAAGAGCUAUUGCUACAUUAGUGAUUUUAAUUUCUGCAUCAAUUUGCAUUCUUGCGGUUGGAUGUUUAUGCAUUUUGAUAUUGACAAGUGGUGUCUCAAAGGAGAUGAAACUAAGAGCAGAAUUGAUAAGUCAUCUUGAAGCAAGAAGACGGGCAGAGGCAUCAAACAACUAUAAAAGCCAGUUUCUAGCAAAUAUGAGUCAUGAGCUGCGGACACCAAUGGCUGCUGUUAUUGGACUUUUGGACAUUCUCAUCUGUGAUGAUUGCCUUACAAAUGAGCAAUUUUCUACAGUUUCUCAAAUCCGUAAAUGCUCAACCGCUUUACUUCGUCUGCUGAACAACAUCUUGGAUCUCAGCAAGGUUGAAGCUGGGAAACUUAUUCUUGAAGAGGCUGAGUUUGACUUAAGGCAUGAACUAGAAGGACUGGUUGAUAUGUUCUCCGUGCAAUGCAUUGAUCAAAAUGUAGAGCUUGUGCUAGAUAUCUCUGACGACAUGCCAAAACUUGUUCGUGGUGAUUCUGCAAGAGUGGUUCAAAUAUUUGCAAAUCUGAUCAGCAAUUCUAUCAAGUUUACAUCAUCUGGUUACAUAAUUUGUCGAGGAUGGUGUGAAAGCUCCCCUCACGGCAACACAAGGAACUCAGUUCUUGACCAGGAAACAAGCAGCAGAAAGAAAACAAGGAAAGACGCCAAAGUAACAAUUUGGUUUGAAGUUGAAGAUACAGGCUGUGGGAUUGAUCCAAGUAAGUGGGAAUCAGUAUUUGAAAGCUUUGAGCAAGCAGAUCCAUCAACCACUAGAAAGUAUGGAGGAACAGGCCUUGGUUUAUGCAUCGUUCGCACCUUGGUAAGGAAAAUGGGUGGAGAGAUUAAAGUUGUCAAAAAGAAGGGGCCAGGAACUUUGAUGCAACUAUACCUAGUCUUCAGUACUCCUGCAGAAAGCAUGGAUAGAUCUUGCUCUGUAGAACUUAAACAGAGAAAUCUAAUGGUACUACUUGCCCUAAAAGGCUGCACCAGUAGAUCUGUAAUGGCUGAGUGGCUAAAAAAUCAGGGGAUACGAACGCGGGAAGUAUCAGAUUGGAACAAGUUGCUACAAAUACUUAAUAGACUUUUUCUAGAUAAAGCUAUUAUUCUUAGAGAUAAGCACUGUCACAUGGAAAUAGAGGAACAAGCAGACCAUGAUUUCCUUGACCUUCGAGAAUGUUCACAAUGUAGAAAUUUUGCUAUGAGUGGAGAUCAGAGAAUUUCAUGGAACCAAAAUCUUGAAAAACGGUCAAGCUUGGAUCUUGUUAUCAUAGUGGAUGCAGGACUACUGGACCUAAGUUCUGACCAAUGGAAGGGGCAGCUAGAUUUUCUAGAUAAAUAUGGUUGCAAUGCAGAAUUUGCAUGGGUGAUAAACCACAACACCCGAAAUGUAAUAAAGACUGAACUUAGAAGAAAAGGUUACUCAUUAAUGGUGAAUAGGCCAUUAUAUAAAUCAAAGCUGAUUCAAGUAUUGGAAGCUGCUGGUGGAAUCCAUACUACAAAAUUCAAAAGGAUGUCUGAUGAUUCACAUGACUGUGUUGAGAUGGCCUCUUUUUCUGAUGUGGCCCAGUCAGAUGAUUCAGACAUGCCCGAGGAAGAAACAAGGGCUGCAUGCCCAGAUCAGGGAAACUCAGAAGUACAACCUCCUAACUCAUAUCAAUCAUUUAACAAAUGUUUAUCAGUAGCAUCCUUGACCUAUUCAAAGCAGCUCGAUGACCCUGAAAAAAUGAUGAAACAUGUGAUAGAAGCUCAAAUUGCCCCACCAAUCUGCAUCAAAAGUCGGAACUACGGCCCUACAGAUAAUGAAAAUAAAGGCAAAUCAGAUGACCUAUUACAACCAGAAAAGCAUCAAUGUUCCCCAGCUUAUGAGAAACAAGGUCUCUUUGCACUACCAUCUGAUGAAUUGCACCAAUGCAAUCGAAUAUCAGACUCUUGCUACAGCAAUCACAUGAAUGAGAAACCACUUAACCAUGACAAGGGAUCAGCCUCCUUUGCUUCAAAUUCUGGAAACUCGACAAAGCAGCAGAGAGAAGAACUACUAAAGUUGGAUUAUGGAAGCAUGACUCCAAAACAAAGGCAAAAAGAGCAGUAUGAUCAUGAAAAAAGAAGUUUGUCUCCUCCACUAAUGGAUGUACCCAAUCAGAAACCUCUUGAAGGGUUACAUAUAUUACUUGCAGAAGAUACAGUUGUCCUGCGGAGAGUUGCAACUACGAUGCUUGAAAAAUUUGGAGCAACAGUUGUUUCAGUUGGAGAUGGAGUGCAGGCUGUACAUGUCCUGGAAAACAUUUUGAUUACUGAGAAGUAUAAAGCUUGCAGCCCACCUCGGAAUACAGGUAAAGCUGUAGAACAAAUGCAAGAGCAGGAGAUUUCAUCAUUUGAUCUGAUCCUCAUGGAUUGCCAGAUGCCGAAGAUGGACGGGUACGAGGCGACGAGGGCGAUACGGGGGGCCGAGGCGGGGACGGGGAGGCACAUCCCGAUCGUGGCGCUGACCGCGCACGCGAUGUCAUCGGACGAGGCCAAGUGCCUGGACGUGGGCAUGGACGCCUACUUGACGAAGCCCAUCGACAGCAAGCUGAUGGUCUCCACCAUCCUCUCCCUCACCAAAGCUACAGCGAAAGGGAAACAAUAAGAACCCACGCAACAGAAGCGUUUGUGGCAAUCCUAGCAACUGGUCAUCACCACCGAUUCAUCGUCAGUAACCAUCCUUUUUUCCCAACACCAAAAAUGAAACUGAAUGCUUUGAGGUUUGAGAUCGCGUGUGACUGUGUAGGAUGUGUAAAUAGUCUGGUUUUGGCGGCAGCGACGGCGAUAAGAAGAACGGCCGCCGUCCCUCCGCCCUUUUGACACGCGGAGUUUCGUCCUUUCGCCAUUCCCUCUGCAUGAACCUUGCGGUUUUUGAAUGUCAUGUAAUUGGACGAGAGUUGUGCAAUUAAGCGCCUGGAAUGUAACAUAUAGAAACUCGCACCUUACUUUUGUAUGUGGCAAUUGUAG